AUGCCCAGGACGUGGACCAAUGCAGUCAUUGUCCCCCUCCACAAAAAGGGUAAUCCUUCAUUACCUGAGAACUAUCGGCCGAUUAGCCUCCUAUCAGUUGUCGGAGAUGUUGAGGAGCCACUUGGGGAAUUUCACGGGUUCUCACUGGAAAAAGCCAAGAUUGAACAGGCUGAAGGAAACUUCAAGAACAGAGAUGAACCACAGAGGCAGGAAGGAAACCGUACACUGAAAAGGGGGGUUAAGACCAUUCCUCGCCAAGGAAGCAGGUUCCAGGAAAUCCCUGUCUAUAGCUGUCACCAACGGACUCUUUCAGGAAUGAAACUGUUCAUCUGUUCAGAGAAUGGAAUUACAUUCUCUGGUAAAAGGAAGGCAUAUAAAUGCCGUUAUUGCGGAAAGUACUUCAGAUACAGAACACAGCUUUUAGUACACCAAAGAAUACACACAGUACAGAAACACGUUGAAUUCUCAGAGCGUAGAAAGAAGUUCAGCAUGAAUUCCAGUCUACAAAAGCAGCAAAGAACCCACAUAGGGAGGAAGACUUUUCAUUGCUCAGAGUGUGGAAAGACAUUCAGUGCCAGUUCCAGUCUUCAAAAACAUCUAAGAACCCACACAGGGGAGAAACCUUUUGAAUGCUCAGUGUGUGGAAAGAAAUUCAGUCGAUGUGGCCAUCUUCAGCAGCAUCAGAGAACUCACACUGGGGAGAAACCUUUUCAAUGCUCAGAGUGUGGGAAGAGAUUCAGUUUGAGUGCCAGUGUUCUGAAGCAUCUAAGAACCCACACAGGGGAGAAACCUUUUGAAUGCUCAGAGUGUGGAAAGAGAUUCAGUGAUAAUUCCAGUCUUCAGUAUCAUCAGAGAACCCACACAGGGGAGAAACCUUUUGAAUGUUCAGAGUGUGGAAAGAGAUUCAGUCGGUGUGGCCUUCUUCAGCAGCAUCUAAGAACCCACACAGGGGAGAAACCUUUUGAAUGCUCAGAGUGUGGAAAGAGAUUCGGUAUGUAUUCCAGUCUUAAGCAGCAUCAGAGAACCCACACAGGGGAGAAACCUUUUGAAUGCUUAGAGUGCGGAAAGAGAUUCAGUCAGUGUUACAUUAUUCAAAAGCAUCUAAGAACUCACACAGGGGAGAAACCGUUUGAAUGCUCAGUGUGUGGAAAGAGAUUCAGUGCAAAUUAUGGUCUUCAAUAUCAUCAGAAAACCCACACAGGGGAAAAACCGUUUGAAUGCUCAGAGUGUGGAAAGAGAUUCCAUCAGAGUGGCUGUCUUCAGAAGCAUCUAAGAACCCACACAGGGGAGAAACCGUUUGAAUGCUCAGAGUGUGGAAAGAGAUUUAGUUUCAGUUCCAAUUUUCAGAAGCAUCUAAGAAUUCACACAGGGGAGAAACCUUUUGAAUGCUCAGAAUGUGGAAUGAGAUUCAGUAGGAGUGGCCAUCUUCAGAGGCAUCAGAGUACUCAUACCAGGGAGAAACCUUUUGAAUGCUCAGAGUGUGGAAAGAGAUUCAGUCAGAGUGGCCAUCUUCUACAGCAUCAGAGAACCCACACAGGGGAGAAACCUUUUGAAUGCUCAGAAUGUGGAAUGGGAUUCAGUAGGAGUGGCCAUCUUCAGAGGCAUCAGAGUACUCAUACCGGGGAGAAACCUUUUGAAUGCUCAGGGUGUGGAAAGAGAUUCAGUCAGAGUGGCCAUCUUCUACAGCAUCAGAGAACCCACACAGGGGAGAAACCGUUUGAAUGCUCAGUGUGUGGAAAGAGAUUCAGUAGGAGUAGCCAUCUUCAGAGGCAUCAGAGAACCCACACAGGGGAGAAACCUUUUGAAUGCUCAGAGUGUGGAAAGAGAUUCGGUACGUAUUCCAGUCUUAAGCAGCAUCAGAGAACCCACACAGGGGAGAAACCUUUUGAAUGCUUAGAGUGUGGAAAGAGAUUUAGUAACAGUGGCAGUCUUCAAAGGCAUCAAAGAACCCACACAGGGAAGAAGACUUUUGAAUGCUCACUUUAA